AAGAAGAAAAUAAUAAGAUAUGUCUGUUGUUCUAUCAGAUCUGUCGAGGCUCAUACUCUUGCCUAUUCUCUCUCUCUUCAAUCCUCACUGAAUCCCUUACCACCACUUUGGCCAUCACAUUUCUGAAUCUUGAAUCCUAAAACCUGUCAAGUGAAGCAAAUUCAUCCAUAUCCAAAACUCAUGGCUGUUCCAACUUCAACCACUCUCUUAAAAAUGGAGAACAUACCUAACAAAGGUAGAGGCCUCAUUGCAGCACAAGAUCUCAAAGCUGGCCAAAUAAUCCUCACCGAAUCCCCUCUCCUUCUCUACUCAGCUUCACCUCUCUUCUCUCCUUCACCCUCCCCUUACUGUCACCAUUGCUUCAGAACCCUACCACCUUCACAAAUAUUUUCAUGUCCUUCUUGCUCAAACUACCUUUUCUGCAGCCAGAAGUGUCUCUCCAUUGCCCUUAACUCCUCUCACUCUUCUUGGACAUGUCAAACACUCUCUCAUCUUCAAAACCCCGCUUCACCUUUAUCAGAAAAACCAUCUCAACUCCAACUUCAAGCUCGUUUCAUUGUUGCUGCUUACAAUCUUGCUAUUCGCACCCCUUCAGAUCUUCAAGCUUUACUUUCUCUUCAUAGUAUUCCUAAUGAUGAUGAAAGUGAUGCUAUAGUUUAUGCUUCUAAGUUCAUUCAUUCUCUUAUCUCGCCUUUUUGUCCACCCCACAUGAAUUUUUCGCCUCAACUAGCAGCUAAACUCAUUGCAAUAGAAAGAGCAAACUCUUUUUGCUUAAUGGAACCUUAUUCACCAAAUGGGCCUCAAAGAUCAAUUAAGGCUUAUGGAAUUUACCAAAGAACUACUAUUUGUAACCAUGAUUGUAUUCCUAAUGCAUGCAGGUUUGAUUAUGUGGAAACUGGUGAGCCUGGUGAUGAACAUAAUACUGAUAUUGUUCUUAGGUUGAUUAAGGAUGUUAGUGCUGGAAGUGAGAUCUGCAUAAGCUACUUUAGAAUUAAUAAGGAUUACUCAACAAGGAAAAGAAUCUUGAUGGAGGAUUUUGGUUUUGUUUGUGAGUGUGAUCGGUGUAAGAUUGAAGCAAAUUGGAAUGAGGGGGAGAACAAGGACAGUGAUCUGCCACAUGUGAUUUUCUUGUCCAAGUUUGUUUGUGAUAAGGUGAAUUGUGCAGGUACUUUGGCUCCUCUGCCUCCAAAAGAUGGUGAAAAAUGUAAUGUUCUUGAGUGUAACUUUUGUGGUAAUUUGAAAGUUGACUCUACCACUUAAGUUCAGUUUGGAUUACUUUUCUAAGUUUUCUUUUGUUAAAAUGUUUGGACUUUUGUGGAAGGACUUAUUUAGACUUUGUUUGAAACGUGUGUGGUGAUUGCUCUUGUCUUCUAGCCAUGGUUAGAAAUAGUAACAUGUUGCAAUUCUGUAUUUUAUAACUUGAUUCUAUGAGAAAUGUCUAAACUUUUAUAGUAAUUAAUAUGAAUUUGGUGGGCUUGUUUUACUA